GCAGGUGGUUACUAUUUAUUAGCUGCUUCUGAACAUUCAGUAUUACAUUCAGUAUCUCAUGAGGAACAAGGUUUGACCAUAUCAGCUAUGGAAUACUAUUUUAACUCUACAUAUGAAUACGACCAGGACUAUGAAGAUGAAGUCUGUGACAAAAGUGAAGUGGUUAAAUUUGGAUCCUUCGCCAUUCCAAUUUUCUUUUCUAUUGUCAUCACUCUGAGUCUCACAGGAAACAUCCUCGUCCUUGUCAUCUUGGCUUUGUAUGAAAACAUGAAAUCUCUGACCAACAUCUUCAUUGCCAAUCUUGCCAUCUCUGACCUUGUCUUCACUAUCGGUCUCCCCUUCUGGGCCAUCUACGAUGUCUGGGGAUGGGUGUUUUCAGAGACUGCCUGCAAGAUUGUGCAUUUUGUCUUUUUCACUGGGUUUUACAGCAGUGUCCUCUUUCUGACCAUAAUGACCAUCUACAGAUAUUUGGUUGUGGUUCAUCCGCUCUCUGACAUGAGUUCUCUAAAAGUUGGGACUGGUUUUUUUCUGUCUGUCCUCAUGUGGAUGAUCAGCAUUGGAGCAGCCAUGCCAUCCCUGCUACAAACUGCUCUUGUCUCAGUCCAUCACAAUGGCACAGACUCCUCGGGCUGUGAAUAUAAAGACAUGCAAUGGAAAGUCAUUGGGAUGGCCCAGCAGAAUGUUUUCUUCUUGUGUGCAUUUGCAGUGAUUGGUUUCUGUUACAUUCAGAUUUUAAAGAGGAUCAGCAGAACAAAGUCCCGGACAAAGAACAGAGCAGUAAAAUUAGUUUUUUGCAUCGUGGCCGUCUUUUUCAUAGGUUGGGUGCCUUACAACAUGGUGAUCUUUUUGAGAGUUUUACAACACAGUGAAGUUCAGCCAUUUCAUCAUUGUGAUAUGAGUAUCCAGCUUGACUAUGCCUUUUACAUUUCUCGACUGAUUGCUUUCUCUCAUUGCUGCUUGAACCCUGUCUUCUAUGCAUUUGUUGGUGUGAAGUUCAGAAAUCAUUUAAAGUCACUGCUGCAUCGAAUGUUCAGCCGGCGGGCUCCAAUUGAUGAUCAGAAAAUAAGAAUGCAGAAUCUUGUAUCACGUGGCUCAAUGUACUAGAUGCAAAUAUAUUCAUCCUUGAAUAUUAGAUUAGAUUUUUUUUGAUAAUUCCAUGUUUAUGAUUUAAAGAUAAGUAGAUUGUUUUUAAGAUAUAUGAUCUGUAAUGUUAAGAGAAAGCGCUCCAUAUUUGAGCUUUUCAAACAAACUAUUCAGCUGUCUGAAGUUUUUUAUGACUAAUGCAGGUGUUGGAGUGAAGACAAUGUAGGGGUCUUAUUGCUUUAUGUGAUAUACUUGAAUAGAUUUAAAGCGUCUUAAAUCAAUCAAAUCCUUUACACAACAGUCUAUUAUGUAAAAAGAGAGAAAACAGGAACUGAUAACAAAUAUGUAUGUAUUGCAUUACUCAACCAAUCACUUGAUAUCUGCAGGCUUGUAAAAAUGCUGAGCUUGUCCCUCUGUUUCUCAUUUUAAAAUAAAAUGUCAAAUGUAGAAGGUUAAAUCAAGGCAAAGGAUAAUUUCUUCAACUUGUUGUGCUCUCUCACUGCUGCCUGUCUCCUAUGCAUUUGUUGGCGGGAAAUUCAGAAACCCUUUAAAAUCCCUGCUGCACUGAGUGGUCAGCUGUCUGAGUCCAGUUGACAACCAGAAAGUCAGAAUGCAGAAUCUUGUCUCGUGUGGCUCAGUCUAAUAAAUGCAGCCUGCCCCAGUCUGCAAUAGGGCAGACUGGGGAGAAAAAGUGGCUCAGGAAGUCCUGACAGGCUGGUCCUUCUGUUAAGGUUAUAUUUUACAGUCUGUAAAUAAUCCUUUUCUUCCAAAUUAUUUGAAAUGUAAGUUAAUUUCUGUAUGAGCUGCUGUGCAGCAGUUUAAUUGUUUUGUAUUUGACUUUUACACUGUAAUUUAUAUUUGUAAAGUCAUGUGAA